CACUAUCUUUCUCAACAUUCCUCUUCAAUUCAACUUUCUCUCUCUUGUUCUUUGCUUUCUCUUUCUCUGCUCCACUUUAUCUGCAUCCAUGGCUUUUCCUAAAGCUUUUCUUGGCUGGAUCUGUCUGGCUUUUGUGAUACUUCAUCUUGCAGAUGGAGGAGAAGAGAAUGGUGGAUCUAAGCUCGUCGAUUCUACUCAGCCAUCGUCUCUCUUGGCAAAAAUAGACUGUAAUGGUGAAUGCAGCAGGAGAUGUCAGCUAUCAUCAAGGCAGAACCUAUGCAAAAGAGCCUGUGGGACCUGUUGUGUUAGGUGUAAUUGUGUGCCGCCAGGUACUUCGGGAAAUGAGGAGCUGUGUCCAUGCUACAAUAACAUGACCACCCAUGGUGGCAGAAAGAAGUGUCCUUGAGGAUUUCAUGCCUCCUUUGCAUUCCAUAAAUAUGUUCAUCAUUGUUACUUAUAAUUUGUAUCAAAAA